AACUGUGAACAAUCCUUGUCAAAUUUGGCAUUUUCCACUAAACUUCCUAUAUAUAUAAACUCUAGCCUACCCAAUUUUCUUUACCUCAAUCAGCCCUAAAAAUUAAGAGAAACGAAUAUUUUACAAUUCCCUAAUUUUCUUUUUGUUGUUUCGUUAAUUUCUCUGCGUUUUGUGUAAUUAAUUUGAAUAAUGGGUACUCUUCCUCUUCCACACCCUAGCCAGAAAGUGAACUAUGCGACACCAAGAAGUUUCUUGACGACGUUUAAAUCGCAUUCCAAAGAAACACUUUUCCCUGACGAUCCGUUCCGUCAGUUCAAGAAUGAGAAAAAACCUGGUGCAAGAUUUAAGAAAGCUCUGCAAUAUUUCAUACCUAUAUUUUCAUGGUUACCCAACUAUAAAUUGCAGUUUCUUAAAUAUGAUUUUCUUGCUGGUCUCACCAUUACUGCUCUCGCCAUUCCUCAAGGCAUUAGUUACGCCAAACUCGCUCAAAUCCCUCCGAUCAUCGGCCUCUAUUCGAGCUUUGUUCCGCCGUUUAUUUAUGCCGUGUUUGGAGAUUCGAAGCAUUUAGCAGUAGGGACGGUAGCAGCAUGUUCAUUGCUAAUAGCAGAAACGAUCGGAGAAAAAGUGUCGUAUGAUACUGAACCAACAUUAUAUCUUCACUUGGUUUUUACUUCAGCUUUUUUCACCGGAAUUUUUCAGACUCUUUUGGGUCUGUUUAGAAUGGGAAUUUUGGUGGAUUUCUUGUCGCAUUCGACGAUUACGGGUUUCAUGGGGGGAACUGCAACGCUAAUUAUCCUGCAACAGUUGAAAGGAAUGCUUGGAAUGAAGCAUUUUACUCACAAAACUGAUGCUGUCUCUGUGUUGAAAGCAGUUUUCCAAAAUAGACACGAGUGGAGAUGGCAAAGUGCAGUUUUGGGUGUCAUCUUCCUCACUUUCCUACAAUUUACUCGGUACCUUAGGAGGAAGAAGCCAAAAUUGUUUUGGGUUUCAGCCAUAGGACCAAUGGUGGUGGUGGUUGCUGGCUGUCUUUUCGCCUAUUUUGCUCAUGCAGACCGACAUGGAAUUCCAAUUGUGGGUGCACUCCAUAAAGGACUAAAUCCUCUAUCCAUAAAGUAUUUAAACUUUGAUUCUAAGUAUCUACCACUGACUAUCAAAGCUGGCCUCAUUACUGGCCUUAUUGCUUUAGCUGAAGGAAUAGCAAUAGGAAGGAGUUUUGCCAUAAUAAAAAACGAACAAGUUGAUGGUAAUAAAGAGAUGAUAGCUUUUGGUCUCAUGAAUAUUAUUGGCUCAUUCACAUCCUGCUAUUUGACCACUGGGCCAUUUUCGAAAACAGCAGUGAAUUUUAAUGCAGGGUGUAGAACAGCAAUGUCUAACAUAAUAAUGGCAAUAUGCAUGAUGUUAACUCUUCUUUUCUUGGCUCCGGUCUUCAGUUAUACACCUCUUGUGGCUCUAUCGGCUAUUAUCAUGUCUGCAAUGUUGGGACUAAUCAAUUAUGAAGAAGUUAUUCACUUAUUCAAGGUCGAUAAAUUCGAUUUUCUUAUAUGUAUUUCUUGCUUUUUCGGCGUUGCCUUCAUCAGCAUGGACUAUGGUCUCAUGAUCUCGAUAGGACUUGCUAUAGUGAGGAUAAUGUUAUUUGCAGCCAGGCCAGCUACAUGCAGGCUUGGAAAAAUAGCAGACUCGUCUUUGUACCGUGACACAGAACAAUAUCCUGGAUUGACUAAAGUACCAGGAAUCCUUGCCUUACAAGUUGGUUCACCAAUUUACUUUGCCAAUUCCAAUUACUUGCGAGAGAGGGUUUUUCGAUGGAUUCAAGAUGAAGAGGAUCUUUCAGAUACUAAAGGUGAACAUGUGGAACAUGUUUUACUAGAUUUAUCAGCCGUUACAUCUAUCGAUAUGACGGGGAUUGAAACAUUAGUCGAAACACAUAAGAUGUUAGGAGCAAAAAACAUUAAGAUGGCAAUUGUAAACCCUAGGCUUGAUGUGAUGGAGAAAAUGAUAAAGUCUCAUUUUGUAGACAAAAUUGGUAAAGAAUCAAUAUUUUUAUCAAUUGAAGAUGCAAUUGAAGCAAGUCUAUUUUCACUUACAACAGAAACAACAAGCGGGCAAGGUCAAAUAUCAAAACCUUCAAAUGGAUCAGCCGCAACAAAAAUGCAAGAUGAUCAUCCAGAUCGAUGAUGAUGACUAUGGUGAUUGCGCAUUGCUCGCGAUGCCAAUGCAGCUUUUAGAAGGUUAUAAAUUAGGGUUUGGGUAAAGUUAGAUGAUGUGCUUGAAAUCUAGCAUUUUCUUGUACAGAAAAGGAGCGGUGAAGAAUAAGGAUAUUGCAGUUGAAUUUGUAAAUUGGUGUAAGUUAAGAUUUGGAGAGUAAAAUAUAGAAAAGCAUCAAUUACUCCUAGUUUAAUUACUUCUAUAGUCACAUGUUUUGCGUAAGAACUAAUGUGACAUGUUAUCCUAUAAUAUCUCUUAUGUCCAAAAUUUAAAUACACAUAUUUUAUUUUUUUCCCUAAA